AUGAUUAAAAACUAUGUAAAGCGAGCCCUCAUAUAGAGGUAUUUACCCACAACAGGGUGCCUUUACGAGUUUUCAGAGGAGUAAGAUACAGAAAAAAAGAAGACAAGACUUAGAUAUACUUAUGAAGAAUAAUAAGAAGUCAAUAGAUAAAAAUAAAGUAAUACUGUCAUUCCUAUUAAGGCAACUUUUUAUUAAGAAGGAUUCUAAUAAACUAUUAUAAGUAUAAACCAAACAAAGUAGAAAUGAUCAAGAAAAUUAAUUAAUAUUUCAAUCCUAAAAAGUAAAAGGCUGAAGAAGCAAUCCCUGAGACUCAGGAAGGGGAAGAAGGAUAAGAAGGUCAGAAACCGAUUGUUAAAUUCUCUCGUAUUAGUAGGACUAGUAAAUAAAAGAUCUUUAGGGAAUUUGUACAUGAGAAGAAAAUCUUCAAAUACAGAAGGGAUUACAUUUUUUCCAACAAAAUAAGGCCAUACAAGCCAACCAAAGAAGAUAUCGAAUAAUAAAUGAUCAGAGAACUCAAAGGUCAGAAAUCGAUCAACAAUCCAAAUUUAUUUGAUAAAUUUAAAUAAAGGUAGAGAGAUUUUGAAAAUUACAAUUUGACAAACCUCAUUAUGAGAUAUGAUAGCUUUUAACCAUCGCAUGUUUUUGAGUAAUUGAAAUCUCAUUUUACUAGUGGACUUUAUGGAUUUAUGAAAGAAGAAUAAUUUUAGUAUUUAUUUUAAUAUAUAUAAAAAUAGAACUCUAAUCUUUAACAGGCCAUCCUUUUAGAUUUAUCUAAAUAAAUUACCUGAGUAAUUCUACCAUCAAUAUUAGAAGUAUUUAAAUUCAGAUCAUAUUACUUAAAUUAUCAAAGAGAUAGAGUACAAGAACUAUAAAUUUUUACCAAUUUUGAGAUAUUGUGAAUUAAAGAGCAAAGGAUAAUAUUUUGAUAAUCAAGAGAGUUUUGAUUAAUUCCUUAAGAAAGUCCCUGAAUAAGAUCAAUUACUGAUACAAUAUUUCUUUUUUAAUGAAAACAGUUCUAAAUUGCUUAAUUAUGAAUCCUUUCUUAAGGGUAUUUUGAAUAUCCAAUGGGGUGGUUAAGUUAAUCAGGAACCCUUGAAACAACAACUUGCUACUUUGCUUAAUGUCAAAUUCAAGAUAAAUCUGAAUAGAGAAUUACAAUUGUAUUUUGCAGAUUUAUUUUUUGGAUGUGACACAUUCGAUAAAGCCAUUGUUGCUAUUGCUUUAUAAUAUUUAUUGUUAUAAAGAUUGACACAUGCUUUCCCAAUAAAAGACAUUUUAGAAUGUUUUAAGUAGACUCUGGGAGAGGAAAGAUAUACAUUCUACUUAGAAUAAGAAUUACCUUAAAUCCUAUAAAACUUAAAUGUCAAAACCUAUUACUUUUAGUACUAAAAAGGAGUCAUCGAACAUCAACAACAGAAAUCAAGUAUAUUAUUUUAUUAAACAUAGAAAAAUCCCUGAUAAUAUAAAAUUACACAAAUCUUGAUGGAAUAUUCUUAAAAGGCAAAUACAUUCAGGUUUCAUAAUUCUAAAUUCACUAUAAUCCAAGUUCAACUAAUUUGAUGUACUCUAAUCAAACCAUUGCUUACGAUGUUAAAGAAAAUGCAGUCAAGGAGGCUGUCUUAAAUAACUCGACAUUGAUUUUAGAAAAAGAAUUAUCUAAUAUCUUUAAUUAUAGAGGUUAUAAAUCUAAUAUAGUCGAUAUUGCACAUAGAUUGGUUUAUAGGAAAAAGAUCCAGAAUAGAAACUUUUUAAGAUAUAACCUAACAAGACACUACCUUCAUAGAAAGAGAAAAUUGAGAAAGUAUAGACUUAGAUAAGAAAUACCAAAGGAAUUAUCUGAUCUUUAAACAAAAUUAAGAAAGCAUUAAAAAAUUCAACCACUUUUAUAAACUAUAUGUCCAGUUUAAAUCUAAACAGAGAAAGCACCUGCAGAAGAAGGCUAAGAAAAACCAUAAGAGACUUAAGAGGCAACAAGUGAAGAAUAGCCUUAAGAAAAGACUUUGGAAGAAGAAAUCUUUUCUUUUUCAGAAGAAAGAAGAUAAUAUAAUCAAUUAAGACUAGCCAGGGUUAAGACCUUCACUAAAUUCACAAAAAUGUUACACAAUGUGAUAAUUUAGAAUCGUCCUAUGAUUAAGGAAUAUAGGUAGAAAUAAUUUGUUUAAAAACCAAAAUCUCACUUUUGUACUUAAAAGUAUGAGGAAAUCCCAAAAGAUGAAGGAACAGGUUUCAUGAAUUAUUUAAAAUCUGUCGAAUCAAUUGAUUUGGAAGUUAAAUAAUAAGAGGAGUUAAAUUAACUUUAAUAAUAAAGAAAAUAAUAGUCAAGGAAACAUGGAAAGAUCCUUUUAGAGAAAGGAGAGGCCUAAUAACUUAAAUCCAUAUUUUCAGAGGAUAGUGAAAAGUAAUAUAUAAUAUUAAUAAUUAACUAGUCUAAUCAGAAUUAGACAAGAGUAGAAGAAGCAAUCAGAUAUGUUCCAAAAAGUAGAAUAACCACAGAGAUUUAGAAGAACUAAAGUUAGUGAUACGAAUGAGGGAGUUCAAAAAUUGCCUUUUGAAAAUGCUGAAUAAGAUAAACCAAUUAUACCUUAAUUACAAGAACAAUUUGUAAUUGAUAAUCAAUUGUACAACACUGAUUUAAGUGCUAAAGCUCAUUUUCAGAUUGAAUAACUCUUUAAAGAAGAUCAGACUAGAUAAUAAUUAGUUGAAGAUGUCUAAAACUUUUUAAGUGGAAUUAAAUAGAGUGAAGAUGGGUAUCAUUUUUAUUUGAUAUCUGAACUUAUUUCAGCAUUGGAAGUUAAAAGACCUUUAGAAUCCAGAAUAAUCUUCACAUAAAUUAUUUGUCAAGUCAAGAAUAAGAUUGAAGUGAAUGAGAAGAUUAAGGUGAAAUAUACUACAUAAUAUGGAGAUAUUGAAAAGAAUUAUGGUAAAUACAUUAAUUAGACAUGCACAUAGUUCUCACUUGGAUCCAAAGGAUACAACUAUUUAUUCGAUUAUAUUUUAUAAGAUGGAAAUUACAACAGGUUGUUAUAUAAGAGAACAUUAGCUCAUUAUUGUCUUUAUGAGACUGUGCUUUACGAUUCAACAUUUGAAAAGAUAACAUAAAUUACCAAGGUUAAUAAGAUCCCUUAAACUUGUGCUGAGUUCUUUUAUGCAUUUUUAUCAACUAAAAUCACUAUCAAUUUUACAUAGAUGAGAAAGAUUGUUAAUUUAUUAUAUCAAUUUAAACACUUUGAAGCAGAAGCAGAGUAAUUAAUUAUUGGAUUCUAUUUUGCUUAUUAAUGGCAAUUAAAGUUUGAAGAAUUAUAGCCAAUAUUUUAGAGAUUAAUUAAUUAGAAUAAGAGAGAUAGGUAUAUGUCAUUGUAUGAAUCUUUGAAAGAUUAAUUAAUGGGAAGGAAACUUAGAUAAAUUCCCACUUAAGACCCAGUCGAAGUCAAUAAAAUUAUGACUGAAUACAAAUAAUAAUAGAAAGAUUAGCUUAAGGAAUUUGUAAGAAAGUUUUCGUAAGUAUUGUUGGAUUCCAAAUUACCAGAUGAUGCUAGAUUAGUUAUCAAUGAUGCUAAGAGAUUCAGAUAUUAAUAUGAAAUAUUUGAUUAUAGACUUUGGCUUUUAUCUCACGUCAACUAUUUCGAAGAUGCCUUAAAAAUUUGGGCUGAUUAUGGUGUCAAAUUCCCUGAUGUUUAUGAUAUCACCAUGUUUAAAGCCUUUUUAUCACUAUUACAAUAAUAAGAAACUGCACAUGAAUCAGAUGAUACCAAGGCACUUUUUUAGGAUGUUAUUAGAAUUUAUAUCUUUGAGAAGAAAAUCACUUUGGACCAUGAUUUAAUAUUUGAAAUUACAAAUACUUAUAAGAGAUUGAAAGAAUUUACAAGUUAUUAGAAUUUCAUGAAAUUCUUACUAGAAAUUAGAUAUAAAUGUAUACCUUCCCAUAAAUUCUUGUUUUACAAAAUGAUGAAUUUCACCGAAAUUGAUAGUGUCAAAGAAACAAUAAAAGGAAUUAUUGAUAUUCUAUUUAAGGAUGAAUAAAAUAAAAGGAAGGAUGGCAAAUAAAAAUAAAAUAAAUAAGAAGAGGAAGUAAAUUAUGAUCUUGGUAAUAAGGGUCCAAAUCCUUUACAUAUUCAAGAUCUAACAAGAGAGGUAUUUUAACAUAAUUAAAUUUAGAAUAAAUUAAAUAACAAGAAAAAGAGAGGAAUUUUGGUUAGAGGCGGCAAAAGUAAGUUUUCCCAAAUUGAAACAGAUGGUUUAGCCGAUAAAAAUAAAGAAGAAGAUGGCAAAACUACAAAAGAUGGUAAAACAACAAAAGAUGCCAAAGCAACAAAAGAGUGAGCUAUAAAUUUAGUGUAUAAAUAUGGU